AUGGCACGAGGGAGAAACAUGGAAGAGGAGGACGAAAAUUGGGAGAUUAAGAGUAAAAAAACAACCCAGAAGCGGCGGAGAAGGGAGGUCUCAGAGGAGGAGGAGGAAGAAGUCGGCUAUAGAAGGAGGGCGGCUUCACAGUUUUUCGAGUUAGAAGCAGUAGACACUGAUGAAGAAGAGGACGAGGAUGAACAAGGGGAAGAUGAUUUUAUUGAUGAUGCUGAAGUCGUCGACUUCGAUUCCAACGAAAGAGAAGAUUUUGGUUUCCGACAACGUCAAGUUGUUCGUCCACAAAUUGAGGAAGAAGAGGAAGAGGAAGAUAUUGACGAAUUUGAAAGGAGAAUAGAAGAAAGGUACGGCAGAAAAUCAAGAUAUGAUGAAGAGGAAGAUGAAACAGAGGUAUUUCAGCAAGCCCUUUUGCCUACAAUAAGGGACUCUAGGUUAUGGAUGGUUAAAUGCGCAAUUGGUCAUGAAAGGGAAGUGGCAGCAUGCUUAAUGCAGAAGCAAAUUGACAAAGCUUUUAACUUGAAAAUUAAAUCAGUCAUAGCACUCGAUCAUAUCCAGAAUUAUGUAUACGUCGAAGCCGAUAAAGAAUCCCAUGUUAGGGAGGCAUGCAAAGGGAUUUGUCAUGUUUUGUUGAAAAAUAAGUUUGUGUUGGUUCCAAACGCGGAGAUGUCCGAUGUGCUUUGUGCCAAAAGCCGAGAAAGAGAAUUUACUAAGGAUUCUUUGGUGAGAUUAAAAACUGGGAAUUACAAAGGAGACAUUGCUCAGAUUGUGGACGUAGAUGAUAUCCAGAGAAGGGUCACUGUAAAAUUGAUUCCAAGAAUUGAUUAUCAAGAUUUGGUUAACAAAUAUGAGGGUAAUAAACGACGGGAAGUUUCAAAUAAAAUAUGCCCUCCACCAAGAUUUUGGAGUGCUAGUAAAGCUAAAGCAUUGGGCAUUCCAGUGAAGCGCCAGAGGGAUUCAUUUACUGGGGAUUACUUUGAUACUGUCUUUGGCAUGAAAUUCAAAGGUGGUUUCUUGUAUAAAUCAGUGUCCAUUAAGUCCAUCCAUAACAAGAUUCAGCCUACGCUGGAUGAUCUUGAGAAAUUUCAUGCAGCCAAGGAGAAAGUAGAUGACAGCAACAAUGCAGAAAUUUCAUGUUUUUCCACUCUGCUUGCAAAGAAUCUGAAGAAAGAUUCCUUUAAAGCAGGAGAUCAAGUAGUAGUUGUCAAUGGAGAUUUAAUAAAUAUAAAGGGAUGGGUUCUGAAGGUUGAGGAUGAUAUUGCUUAUUUCAGACCAACAAAUGGAGAUCUGCCUCAAAAUUCUCUUGCAAUCAAGAGCACAGAUUUAACCAAGCUACUUGGAGAUAAUGCCUGUGAGGUUGCAUGUUGCGAACAAUCACUAUCAUUAGCUAGUAAAAAUUAUAACAACAAAAGUAGAAAUGGGGAUGUAAGAUUAGGAUCAAUAGCCAAUUUCAGACCUCCACCUCCUAAACAAGGAUAUGGAUUUGGAAGAGUAAGGCGUGAUCCAUUGGUGAAUGCUCGAAUUAAAAUCCGUCAAGGACCUUAUCAUGGGAUGGUUGGAACUGUUGUAGAGGUUAAAGGGAAUAAAGUUCGGGUAGAAUUGGAGGCUCGAAUGAACUCUGUUUAUGUUGAUCGCAAUCAAAUUUGUGAGAACGUGAAAGUGGACAAUUCUAUAUGCGUGGAAGAGGGUUAUGGUCUAGGGGGUGAGACUCCUAUGUAUUGUGCAAGAACUCCAAUCCGUCCACAGAUGACUCCGACAAGAGAUUCUUCUGCAACACCUACUCAUGAGGGAAUGAGAACACCUAUACCAAGUCGAGCAUGGAAGCCUUAUUAG